UCGCGCUCGGAAUCGGGGGCCAUAAACAGGCUGAUAAGUGCGCCCCAAGGUUGCAAGCCAUCAAUCAUUACCUUGCCGACAUGUAAAUUUUGCAUUUUGUGAUUACUGCGAUGUUUGCGAAAGAAUUAUCGGUCUCUCUUCAGAUGUCGACGAGAAUCUUCAAGCUAUUGACCAGGCGCAAGACGGACGCCGGCGACACCGUGAGCGAGAUGGCGCGCUGCCUCAGCCUCCUGGACCUCAGCGCUCUGGGGGUGGGCGCCACUCUUGGCUUGGGCGUCUAUGUUCUGGCUGGAUCCGUGGCGAAAACAGUGGCCGGCCCCGCAGUCUGUCUGUCCUUUCUGGCGGCCGCAAUCGCCAGCGCCUUUGCCGGGGUGUGCUAUGCAGAGUUCGCGGCCCGAGUGCCCAAGGCCGGCUCCGCGUACGUCUACAGCUACGUCACCGUAGGCGAGUUCAUCGCCUUCGUCAUUGGCUGGAACCUCAUCCUGGAGUAUGUGAUUGGCACGGCCAGUGUGGCGCGCGGACUCAGCAACUACAUCGAUGCGCUCGCCACAAAUCGGAUCAGCGUCACUUUCCGCGCCUGGCUGCCCAUGGACGUGUCCUUUCUGAGUCAGUAUCCGGACCUGCUGGCCUUCCUACUGGUCCUGGUGCUAACGGGACUGCUGGCCUUUGGCGUCAAAGAGUCCUCGAUGCUGAACAACAUCUUCACCGUGCUGAAUCUGCUCACAGUGGGCCUGGUCAUCGUAUGCGGAUCCAUUAAAGCGGACACCAACAAUUGGAAGCUGCCGGCAGUGGAGGGCUAUGGAACGGGCGGGUUCAUGCCCUAUGGAGUGGCGGGGGUGAUGGCGGGCGCGGCCAAAUGCUUCUACGGCUUUGUGGGGUUUGAUGCGGUCGCCACCACUGGCGAGGAGGCCAAGAAUCCGCAGAAAGACAUCCCCCUGGCCAUCGUCAUCAGCCUGCUCAUCAUCUUUGGAGCCUACUUUGCCGUCUCCACCGUGCUCACUCUGAUGCUGCCCUACUACGAUCAGAAUGCGGACGCCCCGUUCCCGUACGCCUUCGACCAAGUGGGCUGGACGACCGUCAAGUGGAUCGUCACCAGUGGGGCGGUGUUCGCUCUUUGCACCAGCAUGUUGGGCGCCAUGUUCCCCUUGCCGCGCGUCAUCUAUGCCAUGGCCAAGGACGGCAUCGUGUUCAAGCCGCUGGGCCGCGUGCAUCGCUGGACGCAGACCCCACUUGUCGCCACCAUCCUGUCGGGCAUCUUCUCCGGCUUCAUGGCCAUGAUCUUCGACCUGAACCAGCUGAUCGACAUGAUGUCCAUCGGCACCUUGCUGGCCUACACCAUUGUGGCCGUGUGCGUCUUGAUCCUGCGGUACCAAGUGGACGGCGACCAAGUCGUCAAGAGCCUCGACACCGAUGAGUACCCGGCCACAUUCUACAGCGGCUUCGUGGACAUCUUCAACCUGCACAACAACAAGGAGGCGAACGUGCGCUCCUCUCGGAUAGCCAACUGGAGCGUGGCCAUCUUCAGCAUCUUCGCAGCGCUGCUGGCCGCCAUCAUCAUUCACGUGCCCACGCUCAUCUUCUCCGAGCCCUUCUACUGUGUGGGCUUUGUCAUCAGUCUGGUGGCCAUGCUGGCACUCGUGGUGGUCAUUGCGCGGCAGCCCGUCGUCGAUGUCCAUCUCACCUUCAAGGUUCCGCUCGUGCCCUUCAUUCCCUGUUUGAGCGUCUUUUUCAACCUCUACCUCAUGCUCGAGCUGGACCUGCACACCUGGAUCCGCUUCCUCGUCUGGCUCAUUAUCGGAUUCCUGAUCUAUUUCUGUUAUGGAAUACGAAAUAGUGUGGAAGGCCGCAAACGGAACUCGCAGCAGCUGCAAUUGGAGGAGCGCAAACCGGACUCGUAUUCGCCCUACAACCCCGAGUAGUUUGGCUCACCGGCACCAAGGGCGCCAGCUUCGAAUAGUACAAUUCUUAGGUUAAGUAGUGGCUUUUCACUGAGUUUUAGUACGAUGUGAUUGCAAACGUGGUUACCAGUCUCCCUCCCCAUUGCCAACUUUGUACCUUAUCGUAAGAGAAAGCCCGUCAUUAAUGAAGCCAUUCCAUUCCGUUUUUGUGAUAUUCCCCAACGUUGUACUUAUAGUUUUACUGUUUAAUUAUUUCUAAUAUACUAUUUUACGAAAGGGAUUUGUCGCGGCUUUAUUAAAAUUAUCUAUAUAUAAUGUAUCAUAAAAUGAUGCGAAAUUGGACCUAUUGGCGGUGAAACAGAAAAGUUGUUCGAAAAUCAAUUGACAACUUUCUCAAUCCGUCAAGUUGACAUUGAUCAAUUAAAUUACGGUACCAUUAAAUUAUCAUUGUCAGUGGUCUGCCAAUCUAUAAUAAGAAUAAAUCUAUUCAUGUUU